AUGGUUGUUCGAACAUUAAUUCCAUCACACUUUAAAGCUCCUUGGGGUUUUGCAAAGAAGGGUGCUAAAGGACUUCGAAAAAUAGGUCCACUGCAUUAUGAAUCGUGGAAAUGGCCUGGACAGAAUAGAGAAUUUCCUGAAUUGACUCCUAAAUGGCAGAAGGAUAAUAGAAUGGAAUUGAGACGAUAUACUGGUGUUCAACCAACAGGCUAUGAUGACCCAAAUACUGGCAAAUUUGUUCAUCUACCUGAAAUGAUUCCAGAAUUAAUUGUUCCUGAUUUGACUGGUUUUCCAUUGAGACCUUAUGUUUCCUACAGAACUGAUAUUGAAAUUGAAAAAAGGUUUUUUAAAUUUGUUUUUGGGUUGUCGGCAUUUAAGAUGAGUAUUUAA